GCAGAAGGCCCACGCCCGGUCGGCUUCCCGCUCCUCCGGCGGCUACCGGCAAACCGGCGCACAUUUUCGAUUUUCACGGAGCGAAGCCCCGCGCGCCUGGCAGAGUUUGCGCUCACCUUUCUCCAUCCGCCAUACGCAAACUUGCUGCUUGACAGCAGGCACGCGGGCUUACCUAUCUGCUCGCUUGCACUGAUCUUAUUGCGCU